GGUGUCCAUGCCCCCUCCCCGAGCGAUUCCUACCGGAACAACAGCCAAGGCUCAUUCAUGGGCUUCGAUCCCCACCAGAUCACCAGCCAAGGCUCAUUCAUGGGCUUCGAGCCCCGCCAGAUCACCAGCCAAAGCUCAUUCAUGGGUUUCGAUUCCCACCGGAUCACCAGCCAAGGCUCAUUCAUGGGCUUCGAUCCUGGCCGGAUCACCAGCCAAGGCUCAUUCAUGGGCUUCGAUUCCCACCGGAUCACCAGCCAAGGCUCAUUCAUGGGCUUCGAUCCUCGCCUGAUCACCAGCCAAGGCUCAUUCAUGGGCUUCAGUCCCCGCUGGAUCACCAACCAAGGCUCAUUCAUGGGUGUCGAGCCGUGA